AUGGGAAAUCGUUCAAGUCAAACCCCAUCGAAUCCAUGGAACUCAAUUCAUUUAGCAGAAGCUACUGGUUUAUCUACUGAUGAGAUUAAUCAAUUUUAUUCAGAAUUUGUGAGAGCAUCUGGAUAUAAUGGUGUGAUGAAUAUGAGUAAGUUUAUACAGUUAUAUUCUCAUCUUCCAGCAAUGAAAUCACAAGAUGCAAAUGAAGUACAAGAACGAGCAACUCGUAUAUUUCGUGCAUUUGAUAGAAAGAAUACUGGGAUAUUAUCUUUCGAUGAAUUUAUUGCUGCUAUUAUAAUGAUAAAUUAUGAAAUGGCACCAAAUAUUCCUACUAACUCGAGUAUUCAGGAAAAUAAUACUUCGGAACAUGAAUUAGAUGAUGGACGAAUUACAGCUGAAGACGGUCAAAAUCUAUUUCGACGUCUUAAUGAUUAUUAUGGUUUACCUGCCGGUGGAGAACAACAAUGUUGGAAAGAAGUCGAUCGAGAUAAUCGUGGUUAUGUUACCAAAGAAGAACUUAUCGAAUAUAUUAGUCAUUAUCAAGAUGGUAAUCGUCAAUAA